AUGCGCGCUCCCCGAAGCCGCGGGCGUUUAGCGCGCCUCAUAGCCCCAGACCGACCAACUGUAGUCUUUCGCGUACUGUGGGCACUCCUGAUCCUGUGGACCGAGAUCGGCUCUUUCUGGUGGAGCUUGGUGGGCUGCAGAUGGCCUGACCGCGUCUUUACCAAGUCGAAACUCAAGCUCGAGAAGCCUACGCACGUCCUUCUCGUUUCAGACGUCAAGGUUCCACCACCUAUCAGUGGAUCCAGGACCUUGCGAAACGUUAUGAGUGACGUGUACCAGCGCAAGGCGUGGUCGGCCGCGACUGGCUUGCGGCCGCACGUUGUUGUAUUCCUUGGCGAUACUCUAUCUGCGGGGAGCUCGAUGGAAUCGGAUAACGAGUUCAGGAAGUACGUCGACUACUUCCAUACGACGUAUCCGCUAGAUCCUCGUAUCGAAACGAUAUACAUCCCCGGCAACUCGGACGUGGGCCUAGGCGUAUCGAGCGCCUUCGCGAGUCGCGUCCACAAACGCUAUGUGAAGUACUUCGGGCCGCUCAACCAACGUCAUCUGCUCGCGAAUCAUUCGCUUGUAGCAAUCGACGCUCCGGGCUUGGUGGAUGAAGACUACGUUCGCGCGGCGCGAGGCAUACCGUUUGACCAAUGGCCACCCUUACCGGAUGGACCGGUUGAGUUCGUCAAGAGGCUCGCGGAGGAAGGUCGGCCAGAGCCUGUAGUCUUGCUGUCGCAUAUACCACUACAUCGCCCGGAGUCUCGCAAGUGUGGACCGCUGCGUGAAAGAGGGACGUCCAUACAGAGAGGUGCCGGACCUGGAUGGCAAACGACGCUCGAGAAGCAUACGACUCGCUUCCUUCUACAAAGUCUCAGUCCAGUCGCCAUCUUUAGUGGUGAUAAUCGGGACUACUGCGACAUUGCUCAUGCGCUACCGUCCGGCAAAGGAGAGGUGCACGAGAUCACCCUAAAGUCCUUCUCGCCUUCUCGACACAUCACGCGUCCAGGCUUCCAACUUCUAAGCUUGUUACCCCACGAGAACACGCCCGAACACGCAACGGACUACUGCUUGCUGCCCUCGACACAUUCCGGCGUGAAGAGCGUAUACAUCCCCUUUCUCAUCCUCCAAUGCAUAUUCAUCGUCAUUGCGCAUCUUCGAAGCGGUCGCUCCAGCGAUUCACCCUUACCCUCUUACUCCGACUCGCCGCGCGAGAAAUCACAUUCACGCGCAGACUCCUGGUCCGCACCCGGGAACUACAACAGCGAACAAACGCGGCGCGGCCGGAAUGGACCUUGGCUCGACCCAUUCGCUCCAUCCAUGCAAAGCGCACUUUCACCCGACAUCGACGCACCACCUUCCAUGCAAUCGCCCGUCGCGGCGCGUCGACCACGAUUGAGGGUGCCCAUCGCGGACCGAGGACCGCAGACCGGGGGUCAAUUCGCAUGGACGUUCACGUUUCGCGGUCAGAGACGCCGUGUUGGGUUCCGGCUGCCGACGGCGAUGGACGGACGAGCGAGCUCGGGCGUGUCGAGGGCUGUUUUGAGGGGUCUGGUGCGGACGUUGUGGGUUCCUGGAACUUUGUGGAUGGCGUUGCUCUGGUGGUAUGCUUGA